AUGAGAGACGGAUUGGGCCUCGAUCCCGAACGUUCAAAUUUAACAUCACGAACAAAGUUUUUUGAUAAUGUCUUAAACUAUAGUUAUAGUGGAGUGAAAAAGCCUGCACUAAAGGCAACAUGUUCAGAUCGCAUUUGCAAACUAUCUGUUCCAAAACUAAUAUCAGCAGAAUAUUUAGAUGCAAAACCAUUACCCGCGCCCGUACCACAAUCUGCUUUAAGAGUAAAAUCGACAAGUCGUAUUCAAGAAUUAGCACGUCCGAAAUACGAUAUAGCAACGUUUGGAAUGAAAUAG